GCCAACGCAGAAGAAGAAAAGUGACGUUCGCAUCGCUCUGACAUAAAUAAGCCGGGGCCGCGCAAUAAUUUCUAUGGUAUCCGCAUUAGAUGAAUGGCAUAUCUGGCUCUGUAACGUCUCCGUCCUGCAGCCAGGAAGUGUCGGCGCGCGCGUGUCCCAGUCCCCGCCGCGGUUUCACCGUUGAUGGUCGGCGGGCGGACCGAGCGGCUCCUUCUCAUUGUUGCGCUGCUGCCGUUCUCAUCUCUCCACACGCUCCGGGAUGCCGCUGGGUCUGAAGCCAUGCUGCGCCAUCUGCAAGACCAACUCGUCGUCCAUGUGGAAGAAAGGGAACCAGGGGGAGAUCCUGUGCAAUAACUGCACGGGGAAGAGCAGCGGCGGCGGCAGCGGCGGAGCGUCGGGACCCUCCGUGUCCUCCAGCAUUCAGCCCAGCAAUGGCGGGGGGAAGCAGUCCAAGCAGGAGAUCCACAGGAGGUCCGCACGACUGAGAAGCACCAAGUACAAAGCUCCUGCAUCAGAGAAGAAAGUGUCAACCAAAGGGAAGGGAAGAAGACACAUUUUCAAACUAAAAAAUCCAAUCAAAGCUCCGGAAGCUGUAGCAACAAUCAUCACAUCAGAAUCCAUAUUUUAUAAGGGCGUAUACUUCCAGACAGGGGAUGUGAUCAAGGUCAUAGAUGAAGAUGAUGGGAAACCGUACUACGCUCAGAUCCGAGGCUUCAUACAGGACCAGUACUGUGAAAAGAGCGCAGCGCUGACGUGGCUCAUCCCCACUCAAGCCAGCCCGAAGGACCAGUUUGACCCCGGGACGUACAUCGUCGGUCCAGAAGAGGAUCUCCCCAGAAAGAUGGAGCACCUGGAGUUUGUGUGUCACGCCCCCUCUGAGUACUUCAAGUCCCGGAGCUCCCCGUUCCCGACCAUCCCCAUCCGGCCGGAAAAGGGCUACGUCUGGACGCACAUAGGACCCACGCCGACUCACACUCUCAAAGAGCCAGCCAGUGGCAGCACUUAGCAGCGCCGUGAUAAGGACUCAGUCUAUUGCUUUUAACCAUAUGUAAUAUAUAUAUAUAUAUAACUAUAAAACAGAGAACCACAAUUAUUUCUUCAGUUUGAGGACAGGAAAGAAAAGGUGUAACUACGUCUCAACUGAGUUGUUUGCACAGUUUUGACAUUGGAAUAUUACUUUUUUUACUUGAUAAUAAAUCCCUUCUUUUCUUAGCACAGUCUCUGACUGUAACUUCUUCAUAAAAGUCAUAUUUGCAUUAACUUUUGAAAACUAAAUAAUUCUACUGGUGCUUCGAUGUUUUCCUCCUGCAGCACACCUGAUGGAUUCAAGCUUUUUUUCAUCAGGUCUUUUCCGGAAUGAAAAAAUUUGCUUAAUUUGGAUUCCUGCGUGUUUAUCGCUUAACUUGGUAAAGAUGCCUGUCAGGAGCAAAAUAAUUUCAUCUUUCGAACAAUAGAGUCUUUAUACCCAGCUGCCCAGAAGACAAAGUCUCCACAUCUGGUUCUGCUCUGCUUCUCCAGCCAACAGACGAUGAACAGGACUGUUUGGAGCUGAAGCAGAUGAAGCGUGAUCGCUGGACUGCGUCACUGGCAUCAGGAGAUCGCCCAUGUUC